AUGAAUUCUCAUAUUUACCUGACAACCCACUAACUACAUGAGAUGUUUGUAGAUCCUACUUAAGUAUUGGUCUCCCCUUCAUUUGUUGAACCAACUACUCCUCCAUCAAAGGAGAAAAGAUAUUUCUUUCAAGAGGAUGUUACAAGUCCUUCAAAGAAAGAUGACAAAUCAACUGAAAAUUAUUCGAACAGAAAAAUCAGUUAGAAUUCUAUUUUUGAUUCCAAAGUAGAAUUGAAACUAACAAAUAAAGAUUUAUGCAUUAAGAAUUUAUAGGAACAAUAGAAUAAAAGUAAGGAGGGACAAAUAAUUAUCAAAUUGUAAUAGGAACUCUAACAAUAAUCUUAAAUUAUUUUAAGUUUGCAAAAUUAAAUAUAAAUUUUGAAAGGAUCAAACUAGAAAUAUCACUCUAGUGUUUCAUAAUUGCUCAGUCAAAUCAAAAAGUUAGAGCAAGAAAAUCAAUCCUUUUAAGAUUAACUUCUAAAAACAAGAUUGGGUUUCUAAGAUUAAAUUAAAUAACAAUAAUAAAUAAAAAUAGAUAUGGAAAAUGCAAAAAUCAAAAUAUUAAAUAAGGAUCAAAUGAUUGAAUCUUUAAAUUAGCAAUUAUCCUCCUUUCGUCAAGAGUUAAGCAAAACCAGAAUUGCUAUAAGUCCAAAUAGAGUAAUAGAGUAAACACACUACCCUCCUUCCGUCUCAUAUAUCAAUUAUAGGAUAGCUCAAUAAAGAUCAAAUUCUAAUAAUUUGAAGAAUUUUUGA